ACCUUUCAUUCCUUCACGUUUUCUCGCAGCACAACAAGCAAAUCGCGAGCCUUAGAACCCUGCUCUCCUUGACGAUGAGUCACUUCUUGUUGUUGAUUUACGCUGUUGCAUCCACUGUUUUUACGUCUCAAGCCACAGUAACUUCUCAACAAGUAAGGAAGCUUUGUCUCCGUUAGUACAUUUCCGUCAAAAUUUUUAGCUUCUUUAAUUUUGCGUAGAUGCCUGUCCAAAGACAACUCUAAAUCCGUUAAAGUUUCUACUAAAUUUUGUAAAAGAUUCGUUCAUGGCGUUGGAUCUAGUUUAUUUGCCCGUGCUCUGGAUUGGUACUAUCUAGUUAAAGCCAUGUAUUCUCUACACACAAAGUUUAACGGGUUAGGAUAAUGGGACAAACCUUUUUGAUACAUUUUGGAGCAACAAACUUCUUGGAAACAAUGGAAUUUUGGAAACUCCAAGACUGAAUCAAAACGGACAAUAAUGACUCACAAAACGUGAAAAAUGUCACCCUUUGAAGGGCUUUGUUUUUGGUUUUUAUUGAAGGCACCAGGGCAAAAAAGGCUGGUCUUCAAUUGUAAAUAUUAACAUACAUAUCAUUUAUUACGUCAGUUUAAUGCUAAAACGUGUUUUAUUGUUCAAAAAAAAUAUUUCCCCAAUUCUAAUUGGCUAAAAGCACACGCAUAAUUCACCAUAACCAGUUACUGAUGCCCAAAUUUGGAAGAACUGUGUGUUCAACGAGAAAAUGACGUCAAAAAUGCUGCCCGCUACAGGUUAAGGCACCGUUAGCGAGAAGACCUGGGGACGAAGUUGAGUUGUUUUGUUUGUGAAAACAAAAAAUGGCGGACAGUUAACUCGUUUCAAGAGUAAUGCACCUAUCAAUGAAAAGCCAGCGGGGGUGGGGGUUGAGGCAGGGCAUGGGGUUUGGAUUUGACAUUUUUCAAAAAUUUGCCGUCAAAUUCCCUGCCACGGGCAAAUCAUUCCAGUCAGAUGCAACCAAAUUUCCCCAGAAACCUUUCAGGAGAAAGCCCACAUUUUGUAAGUUUAAUUAAAUAUACCAUUCUUAGUAAAGGGUACAAAGAAAGUCAGGUUUUCAAGCUUUAUACAGUGAUUGUAGCGAAUGAGCCAUACACUGAUCAAUUGUACUUGCAAGAAUCGACUUGGUAUCUCUUUACUUCCGUUUACUUUGAUACCACAGUAUCUUAAGAGGUUCAAUUGAUCAAAAACACGCUAAAACAAACGGAAUUUGAAGACAAAACAGUGAAAUCCACUCAGCUUUUGCUUGUUCCCGUUGGCCUCCAUGAUUUCCAGAUCUUUCCAGACCGUACGGCGCAUACGUGAAGCGUGGAAGCGGGAAACAUAUGUUCGGGCUCAGUCUUUUUCGUUCGAGUCGGCAGUCAAAUAUCUCCACAUCAGACGAAGAAAGAUUCAGAUAUCCCCUCCCCUAGGCGAGCAAGAUCCAUCAAAUGCCCUACCCCAGGGCCAACAAGGACAAUCAAAUCCCCACCCAUGCCCUGUCCCCCCCCGCCGGCAUGACAUUGAUUGGUGCUGAACUACAGCUGGAACUAGGCAAAAUAAUAGCUAAAACCAUAGCAAAAACAGCAACAAGACAACUCGGAGGGCGAUAUCUGCUAUUUGGUGAAUAUUUGCGGAGCUGGACAAACCUAAAGGUAUACUAUCGAAGAUGAACUUGAAAUCGAUGUAGGUAAGCAUGUUUUAGCUAUGUUUUUAAAUUAGGAAUUAUUUUGAAUGAAUAAUAAAGUAAUUAAUGAAUGAGGCUUAGUAGGAUAUGAAGAAUUAAGCAGUUCUCGGAGGGCGUUAUGCACCUCGGCCUUCGGCCUUGCUGGAUAACACCCUCCUCGAUCUGCUUAAUUCUUCAUAUCCUACUAAGUCUCAUUCAUUAAUUGCUAAAUAAUCGGAGCUCUGCCGUUGCAUGAUUUUUUAAAAACACUUUACAUUUCUUUUACUGAUCUCAGUCUUUGAGCAUACCAACGUGCUAUCACCAGAUUAUAGCAACAUAUAUUAAGGAAUUACUGGAAAACUAGCUGCUGAUGAUGCCGAAGGGGCUCUGGCUGACCGUCAAUUCAAAAAGUAAAAACAACAAAAAAAUAUUUUAAUUAAUCGAGAAAUAUUCUUGAUUUUUUAAAAUAUUUUUUUGUUGUUUUCACUUUUUAAAUUGACAUCCGACGUUCGAGAGCUGGGAAAAAAAGAAACAAAGCCGGUAUUUGUCUUGAAAGUUUUAUAUCGAAAAUCCUCUAUUCUAAGUUGCUGGACAGAUUUCAUCUAUGCCUCAAGCCAUUCAUUACAUGUAAUGUUAAUAACUACCUAUUUUACACUCUCUUGCCUGUCUCUAUCAUUAUUUUUUAGCAAAAGAUUUGUCCAAAUUCCGGAUCUCCUGUCAAUAUUAAUGUACACAGCACCAAUGGCGUGAAGGUAACAUUCGCAAAAAUUAAAAUAAAACAAAUUACAGAAUUAAUAAAUGAAAACUGAAUUGUUAUUGUUAUUGCUUUUUAUUUUUAUGGUGUGCCAUUGGUGCCAAAAUUAUGAUUGCAAAUUUUUAACAUACAAUUUAUGUUUUAAGAGGAUUUUUUCCUAUUUUGGGGUGCACUUUCUCUUUUAGUUUGCGUAGACUUCCUUUUUCGGGUUGAAUUUUCAUGUUCAGUAGUCUUUACAUUUGGUUAGACUUUUAAACUGAGUAGAGUUUUUAAUUUUGGUCAACUUUUCAUUUAGGCAGACUUUUUCGUUCGGGUGGACCUUUAUUUGGAUAAACUUUUUUAGGGGUAGACUUCUUAUUCGGGUAGACUUCACAUUCGGGUGAUCGCAUCAUUUAAUCUCGCGCGAGACUGCUGCCGUCUUCUAAGGGAUCAUGGGAAUUGUAUUUCCUGCUCUGCCAUAAGAAAAAAUGGCGCAGUGUUACGCCGUAAAAUGUAACAAUUGACGCAAAAUGUAACAUUAACGCGAAAUGAAACAACUUUUGACGCGAAAUGUAACAAGCAAAAUGUUACAGCCUUGAAAUAACUGAGAAGACUUGGACAUGAGCCUUGUAGAUAAAGUGUCAAUUGUCUGGUGUUUACAAAAACAGUUUAUUUAUAGUUUUCUUAUAAUGUCAAAUAAACUUACAAAACGUUUUUCGAUAAUAGUAACUAAAUCCUGAAACAGUCGAACGAAUUGUUGUUUAAUAUAUCUUUCUGUACAUAUGUGUGACGCUGAAAAGAAAGUUGGCGUUACAACAUCCGGGACGUAUUAGAUGGGUUAGGAUGGUAUAUUUUUAGUAUACUCCCUCUAAGGAGUUAAGCCCGUAUGAAAUCGAGGCAAGUAUCGAUUACUGAUCAUUCUUUUCACACUUUCGUCGAGUGAAGACGCUUGCUGUUUUCAUCCGAGGCUGUCUUUUUUUACGCACCUCCUCCCCUUUUCCCUAAAAGGAAAGUGGAGCGGAGCAGUCAUCCGACUGCGUGAGAUGAUCAACAGUGUUAAAUCGAGGACUGGGUUGGUAUGAAAUUUCUCACAUUUACUGGAAGUCCGGUAAAUGAUGAGAAAUUCAUAUCUAUCUUAUUGACUAUGUUCAAAAUUUUCUUUUGAAAGAUUUCCUUUCUGAACUUUUACUUUUAACUUGCAUUUCAAUUGCUGAUUGGUGCGUGUUUCUUAGGGUGUUAUUGUUCACAUUUCUAGUCAUAUUCUUUUCGCAUAGAUUGGGAUAUUUCCCAUACGUUACGUUUAAUAAGUUAGCUUUGUUGUUAUUGUCCAUACUGCUUUUCCAAGGUUAUACAUGACUGGUAACUGUAUCACCUGUUUUACGACCUUUUGUAAGUUUAUUUGACAUUGUAAGAAAACUUAAUAAAUAAACUGUUUUUGUAACCACCAGGCAAUUUACACUUUACCUACAAGGCUCAUGUCCAAGUCUCUCAGUUAUUUGAAGGCUGUAACAUUUUGCUUGUUACUUUUCGCGCUAAAAAUACUAUUUUAUUUUGCGUAAAAAAGAUGUUACAUUUCGCGUUAAAAAGUUGUUACAUUUUGCGUCUAAAGUUGUUACAUUUCGGGUUAAUGUUACAUUUCGCGUCAAAAGUUGUUACAUUUCGCGUCAAUUGUUACAUUUUGCGGCGUAACACACAGCACACUGUGGAAGAAACGUAAUGAGUUUUGCGGCAGUGAGCUGGUACACCAUUACUAGCGGUGUCGAGACUUGGCCGUUCUUCCUCUCCAUUACCUUCUGGAAGCUUGUCGUCCUUAAGCGGACACCAAGAUAGCAGUGUAUCUACGAUUCAUUCAUCGACACCUUUGACCGCGCAGGUGUAUUUCCGCCUCUGGCACAGGGCUCCCCAUUUCUGAACAACUCCAACCGGAUCCACUCUUCUAAGAGAUUCCCUCAUACAGCGAGUAUGCCUCUUCUGCGAAGUUCACACCUUCUAAUCUACGGUAACUAGUCCUUGGAAAUUGACGGGACAUCUCCAUAACCAUUCUGUCAAGUUGUAAAUUUAACGUAAAGCAUAACUGCAAUAUCAGGACCUUUGAAACCAUUCAAUUGAAGCAGUAAGUCCUGUGUAAGGAGAGCGGAAGAUUGGAUAGCUGGAGAUCCAUGAUAGCUGACCUACUACUAGUAGAUAGAACUUGAUGAUGAUGAUGCAAACAAAAAGAGAAAAUGCACCCAGAAAUAGGAAAGUCCUGUAAAAAAUAAAUUGUAUAUUUCAAAAAAAAAAUUGCAAUCAUAAUUUUGGCAUCAUUGCCUACACGUGCAUGACCAUCUUAAACCUAAAUGCCGUAAAUGAUGUAAUAACAAGCUAAACAAAACUAAUAUGCUUUCCGUGAGAGAGAAUCUAAACGCCGCAGGUCGCGUGUUGCGAGUCGCGGAUAAAAUGUCGCGGGUCAGAAAUGAUUUUUUUUAAAACAAAGCUUUUGGGAGAACUUACCACUUUCUCCCGAAUACAACCAUGUUACGUGAGCGGAAACGUGGACGGAAACCCAGCAGAAACUUGUUACCGCUUCGGAUCAAAGCAGCCUUUUCUGGAGAGGAGUCGCAGGUCCAGAAAAAAUAAGGGCGGGUUAGAAAAACGAGUUAUUCAAAAUAACACGUAUAGCUGAGAACGCACUCUAGUUUUAGCUUGCUAAGGCUUACAAUACCAAUUUUUUAUCCAGUCCUUUAAAUACUUAGUCAUUUAAAACUAUUUUCCGUGCGCCCCGUUCUCCCCUACCCCUCCACAAGUACUUUUGCUACACUAGGUUACACAAGAUCACACAAAGGUCAGAUUUUAUUGACACGUGUCAGUGUCGAGAUCGCCGACUAAAAAGUUCUGCUGCGUUGGAAUUUUGUGCCCUUAACGACAGACGCGGCAACCCAGGGAGGCUCUCAUUCGUUUUCAAAACCAUUAAACUAACGGAAUUAUUCGCUCUGAAUAUGGACGAGACAAAAGAUCACAUUUUAAUUAAGCAAGGAAUUCUGUUUUUUUUGACGGGAAAGUUAAAAGAUGCAACGCCUUUGUAUCCCUUAUCGCAAGUGUAUACCACCCCAUUAUACGAAAGCUAGUAGCACUCGUAACAAUGGAAUGCGAAACAGAGGACGCUUGCAACGUUGAACUCUUUUGGGACUGUUUUAACGAAGUUUUAUGGAAGGAAAAGAAAGAUGGAAAGACAAAGCUACAAGAGAACAGAUCAGUAGAGCUAGACAGCUCCGAUAGGACCGCAUCAGAGAAGAUCUCUGCGGCGCAAACCAUAUAUCUGCUGCGCUUUCCAAGACCAAGAUGCACAUGUAAGCCCCAAUCCGUAUGAUCGGCACAAUGCUAAGGUCGGUCAAACGUCGAGAAGACUACCGUCACCGUUAAAGGGCUUUAUGUCCCCUAUGAACAGAACUUCGUCACAUAAACGAUGUUUUAUUUUUGUCCACGAAAACAAUGCAUAAAUAAUUUACCACAUUGGACCAAUUUAAAACCAUCAGACAGAAUCAGAGCUGACAGUUCAUUUACUGAUGACACAGUGGCAGCUUUCAGAGAUAAUCGAUUGCAAAUUUGUAAUUCUGUUGACCUAUGUAAUUAGUCUACAAAAAAGAUAGGAAUGAACGACGAUAAAAUUUAGAAUAAUGUUGAAAGUAUGUUAAAAGUUAGAAUAAUGUUUAUUUUUGAACCCGCGACAAUUUUUUUGGACCCGCGACAAUUGGACACUCUCCCGCGAGAGAUUCAAGAGAGUUUAUAUAUGGCGGAAUAUCAAUUGAUACGUCAUAUCCCUCUUUUCAAACAAACCCUUGUUAAGCAAGCAAGAAACUGGAUAAACUGAAUUAUUUUGCUCUUUUUUGCUAAAUUUUUAGUCAUUUAGAGUAAUUAUCAUGGGGGCGUCUUUUAGACAGGGGCAUCUAAUACAAAUUCAACUUCGUAGUUGCGGCGUUUAUUAGACAAGAGGCGCUUAUAUUUGAGAGCAAACGUCAAUUAGGUCAUUUACGGUAGACGUUUAACCAUCCCGGACCAUUUCUCGUAUCUAGCACAGUUGAGAUUAUCAUAAUUAGAUCCAUAUCUGACAAUAACAUCUUAUCUUAGGGUGAUAAAGGUACAAAGGGAGACACAGGAGCUAAAGGCGAAGACGGAGCGGCUUGCAAAUGUACUUUGCAGGUAAUGCUAUUAUCAAAGUAUUGUGUAAGUUUUUUGACAAAUUUGUUUAAAUUUCUUCUCAUAUAGUUACGAUUAUUGUUAAUCAAACAGCCCGGCCGAUCACACCUUAGCUUCAACGGUGCCACGUAACCAGCGGUAAGAGCCUGUUCCACCAGGGCGUUUAGACGGUGGAGCGAGGACGAAUUAAAACUGUACUCAUGUGUCUUGCCUUAUGGCAUAAUUGCUUUAGGGACGAUUAUUACAAACUAGACUAUAUAAAGAGGAAAUUAGAUUGAAAAGUGUCUUUUAACAGAAAACGGCCAUCACUCACAAGUUUAAAAGAGGAAAAGAUAUAUAAGAUGAAGGUCAUCGCAGUUAAAAGUUCCUAACGGUAAAUGUUGUCAGUAUGGAUCAUAUAUGACAGGUAGCAACAAUACAUAUAAACGUUUUUGUUUCUCUGUUUUAGAAUCCAAAUAAGCCAUCAGCACACAUUGAGGCUGUUAACAGCGGGGAAAUUACCUAUUCAGUGGGUGUAGGUAAUGCAGACUCACUUCUAACAAGUUAUUUUGACAAAGCUGUCAGAAUUUGAGAAGAGAAGAGAGAAAAUAGAAGAGGGAGCUUGAAAAUAUUUUCCACCAGUUGAAAACAAUCGAAACAGAAAUGAACUUUUAAUAGUAGUAUGGAAUUCCUUUAUUUUUGUUGGUUCUCGCGCUCGAUAAGAAUUAAUCCGAAAACAAAUUUCGUCAUUACUGUAAAAGGUAAACAAGUAGACAUAUAUAUCUUGUUUCUCUCGCACAUUUGAUUUGGAAAAUACAAUUAUAGGCCUCGAAAAAAUCCGACUUCUUACAAGCGAACAAAUAAAACGUUGAAACCGCUUUCGAGUCGAUGCUAGGCAAACUAUUUUGAAGAUUAGACGUUUAGGGGUGACGAAUGGCCUUUCAAAAAUGUUGAGUCUCGGCAAAUUUAAGCCGAGUCUCGUAAUCUCGGCGCUUAAAAAAAGCGUCUCGGAAUCUCGGAUUUCCCAGAAAUAUGACGGUCUCGGAUUCUCGGAUUUUGAAAAUUUGGAUCUCGGAGUCUCGGAUUUUGAAAAUUUGGAUCUCGAAAUCUCGCCAAUGGGACGUUCAAUUUUUUACCCGCAAGCUUAUCCGAAACGAGAAAUUAAGAAAUUUACCCCUGCCGGAAUCUGCAUUUACAAUUGUUAUGUAAGAUAUAGGAAACAGUAAUUUCCACUUACUUUAUAGAGGAAAUCAUGUCAUGAUAGUACAUGGGUACCCAACGACAAUCGUUUGAGAAUUGAACUGUUCUUGGCCCGAAUGAUUUAAAGACCUACACUGAAAUUAUUGCGGUAAUAGUAGCUAAUAGUAGCAAAUAGUAAUGCACUUUAAGCUCUAAGCAAGACGAUCUUAUAACUUACCGUAUUUGCGUUUAAUUCCUUUCGUUGCUUCAAAACCCUCUUCUAUUUCCUCUUCACUCUCUGCCAUUUGCAGUAGUAGCUAGUCGAAAGCCGAUCGUCCGCAGAUUUACGCGUGCCAGAAGCCGACAGAUCAGAAGCUAUCAGAAGGCGUGUGAAUUUUAAACCAGGCAGAAUGUCGAAUCAUUAGUUUAACUAGCUUAUAAAGUAACUAACCAGGUUAAUAAGUAGACUAUAAGCAGUAACGCGUUACUUUAUAAUACGUUUAAUUUUAUGUCUCUGACUGGUAGACUAAGUAGACUAGAUAAGUAGCUAUAAGUUAAUGGUUUUAAUACAAAACCAAUGUUUUGGGAUGAGUGGAAAAAUAUUUGUUGUGAUGCCCACAAAAGCUCAGAGCGCUGUAUCUCGUAUUUUCGGAUCAAGUGCAUCUCGGGCUCGGAUUUUUGGAUCACUGCGUCUCAGGCUCGGAUUUUUUUAGCGCUAAGACUCGGGCUCGGAUUUUACAAACAAAUUCAAGGCUCGGGCUCGGAUUUUUAAACUAGGGUCUCGGCGUCUCGGCAAGGCUCGGAUUUUACCAUUCGUCACCCCUACGUUUGAGCAGUCGAAUCACAUCAGGUAAAAUAUGGGGGGACAGGAAUACUCUAUUUAAAGGAAAGGUUAUUUUUUUGCAAUGAGUGAAUUAGGCCUGGUUCAGAAGACGAUCUUUUCAUGAGCCGAACCUAAUUCGAAUUGAGGCCGACCGAAAUUACUUAGACUGGCUCAACUAAUUUAUGCAUUAGGUCACGACCGAUCCAAAGUCGAAAUUCCCGGGAGGGCUAGGCGGGAAGAACGGCUGAGCCGUUCCAAAUUGAAAUAGGCGUUCCUAAUUGAUUCAGACGUCGAACUUUUCAUGUACCUAACUUGACGCAUGAGGUUCGGCUCAUGAAAAGUUUGGCGUCUGAACCGGGCCUAACAAGACGUCGAAUAACUUUUUCCUCUUCAGUUAUCAAAGACUGGAAUGUUAAUUCCCCGAUAAGCCAUCUUGCUGGCGGCAUGAAGUACAAAGAUGGAAAACUGACCGUUCCCUCCUCUGGAAGGUACUACAUCUACGCACAGAUCUAUUACCACAACAAUGGAAGAGUGCUUGUUCGUGUGAAUAACGUAGUCAUAACAAUGGUUACACCGCCAAUAGGAGGCGGGCAAAUGACAGGUGCCAUGUAUGCGGGCGCCGUUUACAGCUUGCAGGCUGGUGACGUCAUAACGUUAGAUGCAGCCCGGUACCCCUCGUCGGGUGCCAAAGUUUACAUGUACAGUUUGCACACUUACUUUGGAGCGUUUUUGCUGUGAGCUUACAUCUUUAGGUUAAGCAGACUGUAGGAUAGAUAGCGUUUUAUAGACAUCGUCAUGCUUUUUUUAAAAUAGAUUUAGUUUGCACGCAGGAUUACUGUUUGCUUCAAUGAUACAUAAAACAAUAUUUCUGUAAAACAAACUUCAAAAUUUGUUAACCGAAGGUUUCAGGAAGCUCCAAAUGAUUAUUAGUGUUCAUGUAAUUAAAACAUGACAAAGCGAGAACAGAAUUAUCUCGUACUGUUAAAUAAAAUGAUACAAAUGGUACCAUUUUCGCACAUAACCAUGACAUAAUGGUCUAUAAUUGGUGGGAUCAGUAUUUUGUUUACUUCACUUUUAUUAAGUCUUUUUUAAAGUGUUAAACUAUGCUGCUUAUGGAAAUGCAGGUUCGGUGAAAUACCAGACAUCGGCUUCAUUAUUCAUACUUUAUCCACCCUACAAGGGUCAUUUCAAAUUUCGAAGUAACCCAACCGUAACAUGAAACGGUCUUUUCCAUGAUCCACUUGCUAAUUUUCAGAAAUAUCCAUAUACAUGUAUUUCGUUUUUCCUUUUCUUGAAGCACA